AUUUUACGUGGCUCUUCAUCAUCAGUAGUUGCUACAUUAGCUCGUCAGUUACGGUGUUUACUUUUACCGAGUAGUGAUUCUCUGCAAAGCAGAAAAUGCACCAGUGAAAAUAAGGAAAUAAAUAAGCGCAGUGAAAGCAAUACGGUCUUUUCAGCCCUUCUAAUCCACCUUAACCUGGUACAUCAUGCAUCAUCCCAGCCCCAUGAGUUGUGAAUUGGGAUUUCUGCCUGCCAUGUACUCAUUUCCCGGCCAUAACAAUGUCCCUGAAAAGGAGAUCAAUAUUGGCUCUCCGAACACCUGUCAACACCUGCCGGAAGUGUCUCCCCCAAAUGCCAACUGGGAGAGACGAUGCUUGCGAAAGCAUAGGAGGAGCAACGAUGACGAAGGAUGCAGUGCUAAAAGGAGAAGACUGAUGGAAGAGGCGGGAUGUGAUCCUUUGGACCUCAGUCUCAAUGUUUGUCAGAACUGGCCACCAGCUAACCAUGACUCCACUCUAGCUGAAUUGGGCAGUCAGGCACUCCCCCAGCCCAGCUUGGGGAAUCAGGACCUGGGGCAUCAGGACCUGGGGCAUAAGGACCUGGGGCUGCCCUUAUCCAGGUCUCCAUCUCCUCAGACUCAUACAGAGCCAGAAGGCUCCUGCAUGGAGGUAGAGGCAGCUCAGAGGAGACUGCAGGAGAUUGAGGAGAGGAUCACCCUGGAGGAUGAUGAGGACGAUGAGGAUCUGGAUGUUGAGCCAGCACCGAGACGGCCAGUUCUGGUGAUGUCAGACAGUCUGAGGGAGGGGCUUCAGCGUGGCAUCAGUGACAUCCUCCCCCACACUGUGGCCCAGUCUGUGAGCCACUCCUGUAUGGAGCUUGUAGUAUGGCGGCCCCCAGAGGAUGCGCUGGCCCGGAAGCUAAAAGACUCUCUGCAGCGGCAGAGGAAGCAGCAGACUAGCAGCAGACAACCCCUGACCCCCAGGGUUCCUCCCUCCUCUCAGAUUCCCCUCAACCCCACAGGGGAGGCAUACUCUCCUUCAUACUGCAGCCCAGGGGCUGCGGCUCACAUCUCUGGAGAAGAGGACAUGGAGCUAUAGGGCCGGGGGAGAGACAGCAUCAGAGAAGGCCAGAUCAGUUACAGGUCUCAGCCUUGGUUCACUCGGUUGGUCCUCAGAGAAGCCAUAGAAAGGCCGGGAGAGCAGAUGGAAAAGCUUCACUGUGAUAUGAACUUCUGCUUUCAAUCAAAGCUGGACUGAUGGACAUUAUGGCACAUGUAAGCCGCUUGGCUACUUUGUGUUACAAUCAGAUCAAGCUGGAUUUAAAAUGAUCCUGGAAAAGAUGCAAUAGGACACAUAGCAAGGACUACAAAGCCACAGUCAUUUUAUAAAGACAUUGUUUUUAAGGGAUAGUUUGGGGGGUGGGUGACUUCAUUGGGACCAGCUAGCUGGGAAAUAGCUCAACAACUUCAUUGCUUAAAUCCCAAACUUUCCCUUGAAUAGAAUAUCUGUUGAAGCUUUAAGGUCAGUGCCAGCAAACGACAGGAGUUUCUGAUAAUUCGGAAUUAUUUAGUACCUUGUGUUGUAACUAAUGUACUGUGUUUCUUUAGAGGCCGCUUAGCCAAAUUGGCAUCUAUGUUUUUUGUUAUGUGUGGCUACAUUAAAUGCAAGCAAAUAUGAUGUGUGCUUAGCCAGGGAUGUAAAACAUCAAACUUUAUUCAAAGGGAGGUUAGAACAUUGAGUUUGGAUUGUGUCAGUUUGAACGUUUUAUACAAAGUUUUUGUUUUGAAGGAAAUACUGUUCAAAUCUGGUGUGGGCCUUGUUUUUCGCAUUCAACAAUAAAGUUUGAAAACAAC